AUGAAGGAUAUAAUGAAUGCGGAGUUGUCGGAGUCGCUGCAGCAGCUGUCGGGGCGCGCUAAGGCUGCCCACGCCCAGAUCACCAACCUCAAAACCUUCCAGGACAGAGUCAAUGCCCACUGCGACACCCUGGCGGCGGAGGUGGAGCGGCAGUGCGGAGAGCUGCUGGAGGCGGUGCAGCAGGCGCGGACGAGGCUCCUGGCGCAGCUGGCGGCGGAGCGGGAGGCCACCACCAAGAUAUACAGAGAGGAGGCGGCGGCGUGCACGAGGCGGCUACACCGAACCACAGGCCUCGUCCAGUUCUGCAUUGAGGCCAUUAAGGAGCCCGACCCUGCAGCCUUCAUGACGUUGGGGCCGCAGCUGAUUGGCCGCGUGAGUGACCUUGACCUGGCCUGGGACAAGGAGCUGCCCUCGACGUGUGACCCGCGCCUCAGCCCAUACGUCGACCUCGACCUCGACCACAAGGGCGUCCUGCGCUCACUCAACACCUUCAACUUCGUCAGGAUGAAGCCUCCCGGCGCCCCCGAGUUCCUGACGGAGGAGUGCGUGGGCGAGAACAACAGCAUCACCGCCACCUGGUCGCCGCACCCCACCACGCGCGUGUCCGGCUACGCGCUCGAGAUUGACGACGGCGACGGGGAGUUCAAGGAGGUACACCGGGGCCCCGAGACGCUGUGCACGGUGGAGGGGCUGCACUUCAACAUGGUGUACCACUUGAGGGUGCGGGCCUACAACAUCUCGGGCGUGUCUCCCUACUCAGCGCCGGUCGCCAUUAGAACAUCAGCAACAGCGUGGUUCUCCCUGGAUCGCACACUGUCCCACCCCGAGUGUCGGCUGGUGGGCGGCGGGGCGGGCGUGACCUGCGAGAGCUACCAGCACCGCACUGCCCUGGCCACCGUCGGCUUCUCGAGGGGGCGGCACUACUGGCAGUUCACGGUGGAGUCCUACGAUGCCAACGCUGAUGUGGUCUUCGGCGUGGCGCGGGCGAACGUGGACAAAGAGAACAUGCUGGGUAACGACGUACACGGGUGGGCCAUGUACAUCGACCACCAGCGUUCAUGGUUCCUGCACGGCGCCGCCCACCACGGCCGCUGCGAGGGCGGGGUGGGCGUGGGCACGACGGUGGGCGUGCUGCUGGACCUGACCCAUGGCACGCUGACCUUCUACGUGAAUGAGGAGCAGCAGGGGGAUGUCGCCUUCACGGACCUCUCUGGCCUGCUGUACCCUGCCGUCAGUGUCAACAGGAACGUCACCGUCACCCUACACACGGCCCUCGACCCCCCCCACUCCGACUACGACAGCCAGUCAGACACCUGAGACCCCGC